AUGGCAUCCUGGGGUUUGUAAUCUAUUUUUUUUUCAGAUAUCGAUUCAUUCCACUUUUUUUAAAAUUUAAUUUUCAAGCCAAUAAGCGAAAAAGAGUACAAUGAUCGUUUAGGAUCGUUAAAAAAAAUGCUUUUCCCACUGUUUCAAAAAUUAUUCCAAUGUUUGUGGUUCGAAUUUUUUUCGAUAUUAAUGAAAAAAGUUUUCACUUUGCAGACGUUGAAACAGUUAUCUUAUCUUAAUCGAAACCAUAGAUGCCUCAGAACUUCUUGUACGCCACUACGUUUUUAAAUUAUCUAAAGUCUGUUUAGAUUUUUAAUGUCAAGUGCAAUGACGUCUUUCAAAAACACUCUGUGGAUGGCUAGCUCUCUGAUUGGUUUAUUGCACCAUUAUGGGCGGAGCUUGAGCGACGACUUGACAUUCAAAAUCUGAACAGACUAUAUAAGACUAUAACUAUCGUAUCAAAUGUUUUUUUAAAAAAAGGCCUAUCAUUUUUUUACAGAUUGAUUUUUCUAUCUACUAAAGCUUCAGGUAUUUGAAUUUUUUUAUUAAGUUUUCUGUUUUUUUUAAUUUUAUUAGACACAGCUUCAAAACUCCUUUUAGUUAUUAGGACAUAAAAUAUUCUUUUUUCGGAUCGACUUUCGAGGAAUAAAGUUAUUUUUACAAUAUAAUGAAUUUUUUUACAUAUAGUCGAUUCACGGCUAACCUGGGGGCGUGACGUGUCUGCGCUCUCCACUAACCAGACACUAUCUCUUCUAUUAUCGUGUCAGGACCCUUUUUUUGAUGGUUAAGCCAGUCGUAAAUCAGCUAUCGCCUUUCAUUUUUCAAAACUUUCCCUUGACCGUUCAGAUGAAGUCUAAUUGAAUUCUAGCUCAUUUAGGAAAAUUUGAUAAUUUUUCUGAAAAUUCGGAAGUCCAAUGAGAACGAAAGAAAGGUCGUACGAAUGCCACCAAGAUGCAAAAUAAGAUCAAAUCAAAAAUUGAAAAGACCCACAAAGCGUUUUGAAUAAAUAACGAUAUCUCAAAAUAACGCAGUGAACUUUGCAGAACACGAGCUGCGCGAGAUGUUCUCGCAACACGACAAGGACAUGUCGGGCUUCAUCAGCAAAGACGACGUCAUCUGCAUGCUUCUCGGCGCAGAAAAGGUUCACAAUUCGUAUCAGACUUCAUUGGCUCCUCGCCUUGAAACUGAAGUUUCAUGUAGUGAUGCUUGCAGUCAUGAUUUUUUUUUAAAAUAUUUUUCGAUUCAUCGCUCGACUCUGGAACUUAUAGCAACUUCCUGAUAAACAUUAGGCAGCCCUUAUCCGUAAGGUCCUUAACCCAGGCGAUUUACUUUAUUUAAAUGGCUGCGGAUAGACUUUAUAUAUUCAGUACGUAACAUCGCUACAUUCAAAUGUCACUUUCAGGACGACAAAAAAGACCCCGUGUUCCGGACGAACCUCAAAUUCCUGAUCAACGUCAUCAAGGAGGCCGACAAAGACGGUGACGCCAAGAUAACUUUCGACGAGUUCAAAGACUACAUCAACAAAGCAUCCCAAUAA